AUGUGGUGCGGCGGCGCAGCCGCAAUGGUGGCCUUUUGCGCCGGACUUUGGGUCUCUAACCCGAGGCGGGUGCAGGGCCAGGAGGCCUGGGGGAUCCCGGGCGCCGACUGUGAAGUAUGUCAAGAAUUCUUGAGUCGAUUCUACAACUCUUUGAUAGCCAGAGGAGUCAACUUUUCUCUGGACACCAUAGAAAAAGAAUUGAUCAACUUUUGCUUGGAUGUCAAAGGAAAAGAAAACCGCCUGUGCUACUAUCUAGGAGCAACAAAAGAUGCUGCUACGAAGAUCCUAAGUGAGGUCACUCGCCCGAUGAGUGUGCACAUGCCUGCCGCAAAGAUAUGUGAGAAGCUAAAGAAGAUGGACAGUCAGAUCUGUGAGCUGAAAUACGAAAAGAAACUGGACUUGGCAUCAGUGGACCUGUCCAAGAUGAGAGUAGCAGAGCUGAAGCAGAUACUGCAUGGCUGGGGAGAAGAGUGCAGAGCCUGCGCAGAAAAAACCGACUACGUGAAUCUCAUCAAAGAACUGGCGCCCAAGUAUGCAUCGACGCACCCCCAAACAGAACUCUGA